CGCGAACGUCGCUAUGGUCGCGUCCUAUCUUCGCCACGGGCCCACGCAGGCUUUCGGCAUCGUUUGCAGUGCAUCGUCGAACUCGGACUACGAUGGAAAAUAUGCAUAUGUUCCUGCUCUUGAGGAUAUCCUCGUGUGGGACGUCAAAAAAGGCCAAAUGGUUGCAAUGUGGCAUGAAACCGGCCACCGUGCAGAAGUCACUGUCGUGCUGCGGUCCCCCCAACGAGACACCUUCGCGGUAGGAUACGCUGAUGGCUCAAUUCGACUCUGGAGUGCCGGGACGGGCUCGGUCAUUACAACCUUCAACGGGCACAAAAAAUCCGUCACAGCUCUGGCUUUUGACGAUCGCGGCACACGUUUAGCUUCGGGAUCUCAGGACACGGACAUCAUAGUUUGGGAUGUAGUGGCGGAGUCGGGCCUGUAUCGUCUUCGUGGUCACAGAGACCAAAUUACUGCGCUCCAUUUCAUCACUAUGCUUGACAAUACGCCGUCAACUUCGACUGCACCCUCCUCGGGUCUUCUUCUCACUGCGUCAAAAGAUACAUUCCUCAAGUUGUGGGAUCUUUCCACUCAGCAUUGUGUUCAGACGAUCGUGGCCCACCGAGGAGAGAUAUGGACGAUGAGCGUCGAUCCUCAGCAAAACCUCGUCUUCACAGGCAGUGGCGAUGGCGAGUUGAAAGCAUGGAGAUUAGAUCAUGCGGCCUUCGCCGACGGCCUGAAAGAAAUGGAGACAGGCGAGAUCGCCAAGAUGAUUCAUAGCGUAUCGAAUCUGCCCCUCUCUUCCCAGCACCGUGUCUCGCAGGUCUCAUUCCACCCUACACAACCAUACCUUGCCGUUCAGUCUCACGACCGUUCCGUUGAAAUAUUUCGCAUUCGAACCGAGGAGGAAGUGCGAGCGAAGCAAGCUCGUCGUCGUAAGCGCGCGAAGGAAAAGGGCAAAGACACUCCCGAUGAGAAACCUGAGAGAGAGGUUCAAUUGGUGGAUCUCUUCACUCCCCAUGUUGUUGUCCGAGCAACGGGGAAAAUCCGCUCUUUUGCAUUCGGUCCAGUGGAGGCGGGUUCCAAGUCGAGCUUCCAGCUCUUUGUCGCAUUGAGCUCCAACGCGUUGGAAGUGUAUAACGUCCCUCCCCCGGUCAAGUCGAAGGAAGAACCGCCACAGGCGACUAGACAAUUUUCUGUAGAUCUCCCCGGCCAUCGUACCGAUGUCCGAUCGCUCUGCCUCAGCUCAGAUGAUCGGCUCCUGGCCUCAGCUUCAAAUGGUUCGUUGAAGAUCUGGAAUAUGAAAACGACAUCGUGCAUUCGGACCAUGCAAUGUGGAUAUGCGAUCUGCAGUACGUUUUUACCUGGAGACCGCCAGAUCGCUGUCGGAACAAAGGCAGGGGAGAUCAUGAUCUUUGAUUUGGCCUCCUCGUCACUGGUUGAAACGGUUCAAGCUCAUACUGGAACUGUCUGGUCGCUGCAGGUCAGGCCAGAUGAGAAGGCCAUGGUUAGUGGCAGUGCAGACAAAGAUGUCAAAUUCUGGGAGUUUGAGCAGCAGGGAAACACUGGCAACAUUUCGUCUCUAGCCCACAUCAGGACGUUGAAAAUGACUGACGAUGUGCUUUCUGUGCGAUACAGCCCCAACGGGAAGUUGCUAGCUGUGGCGCUCCUGGACUCGACUGUGAAAGUGUUCUAUCAAGACACGCUCAAGUUCUUCCUGUCUCUCUACGGUCACAAGCUGCCUGUUCUGUCCAUGGACAUUUCAUAUGACUCUAAGCUGAUCGUGACCUGCUCAGCCGACAAAAAUGUGAAGAUCUGGGGUCUUGAUUUCGGAGAUUGCCACAAAUCCAUAUUCGCCCAUGACGAGAGUGUGAUGCAGGUGGCAUUUGAGCACGAAUCCCACUACUUCUGGACGGUAGGGAAAGACAAGCUGCUCAAAUACUGGGACGGAGAUAAGUUCGAAAACAUCCAAAAACUAGACGGCCAUCAUAGCGAAGUUUGGGCUUUGACGCUGAGCAACCGUGGUGACUUCGUAGUCACUGGGUCGCAUGACAAAUCGAUCCGUGUCUGGGAGAAGCUAGACGAGCCUUUGUUCCUCGAAGAGGAGAGGGAAAAAGAACUCGAGAAGAUCUAUGAAACUGGGAUCGCGGACACACUGAACAAGGAAUCGGGCGGACCGCUAGGACUCAACCAGGAUUCAGAGAGACCGGCGACAGAGGCCACUACUGUUUCCAAGCAGACGACCGAAACCCUCAUGGCCGGAGAGCGCAUCAUUGAAGCGUUGGAUCUCGCCGACGGGGAGCGAGCCAUUUUCCGAGAAUACGAGGAGGCCGUUUCUCGGGGACAGAACGAAUCUCUUCAGCUUGCGCCGCCGCCCCGGAAUGCUGUACUGGCCGCGUACGACCUGGAGCCCGAAGCCUGGGUUCUUCGUGUCGUUGAAAGAAUCCAGAGCACAGCGUUAUUAGACGCUCUGCUCGUUUUACCUUUUGGCAAGGUUGUUUCGCUAAUGAACUACUUGAACAUCUGGGCUCAACGAGACUGGAAUAUCACACUCGUCUCUCGCGUUCUCUUCUUCUUGCUGAAAACACAUCACCAUCAGAUCGUCGCCAAUCGUAUCAUGAGGACUGCACUGAUGCCCUUGCGGAAGAAUCUGCGCAGUGCUCUGCAGAGACAGAAGGAUCUCAUCGGAUAUAACCUUGCAGCUCUACAGUACAUCCGCCGGCGCAAUGACUCUCAGCGAGUCGCACAGUUCUACGAGGAAGAGGGCAUGGACGAGGAAAAGGUCAAGGCUAAGAUUGCCGAAGGGAAGAAGCUGUGAGAUAGAAGUACAGUAGUAUGUGCAGACGAAUCUAGGUUGUUGAUGGAGUGUGUCGCUCAGCUUUUGGGUCCCCAGAGAUCUUCGCUCCUGCCAGUGAUGAUGGUGAGAAAUGCGUGCAGAUCCUUCAAAGAAACCCACCAAUCAUCUGGGCCAGAGGCUUCCCGCCAAGAGACAGUAAGAAUACCUGUGUCAAGAUCGGCAAGUUCUGCAAAUCCCCUUCGCGUAAGGUCAAGAUGUUGAGAACCCGUGCGACAGCCUGCGCAAGUAUCGACGACGCGAACAAAGAUGCAUUUUUGUGGUUUAUUGCAUACUGAACGCAUGAUGAAUGAGCACUGCUUUCCUGUCGAAUUGACAUACUUUCGAUGAACUUGAAACACUGAGGUUUGUCCGUCCAGCCCUCCAUCGUCACAGCACAAACGAAAGACUGGUCCUGUCAGGGUCACGAUGAGUUCUGUCAAGUUGUAUGAUCCUGGCGCAUACCGUAGGAGCCCAGUCGGUCUUCGCCCAACAACUCGGAUUGAGAAGAUCGUGACCCGUGUACCUUCGGCAUUGAGCAAUUGGGGAGGAAGCUUGAGACGUCACAUACCAAGUGAUCGUCACUGAGGAAGGAGAACCGAUGCCCUUGAGACCCUUCCAUAUACCACUCAGCACUUGCACCCCAUCCGAGAUUGUCUUGAGAGGGCCCACUGCCUUCGACUUGUCGUUCGCCUUGAGAGCGGGAGCCUUGUCGCGUCGGUACUUGUACUGGGCAUCACUGGCGUUGAGCGUUCGCCAUCCGUCGCGUGGGUCGAACUUGUAAGAGUCGCCCAGUGAGUGCGCUUUCGUAUACUUGCUUCCGGCGGCGGCGCGUGCGGAGGAAGAUUGCAGACCAGUAUGGCUCACGCUUGCUGCAUUGACAAAUAGACCAGGGAAGAUCGUCGCGAGAGACAGGGCGAGCGGGGCGAGGGUUCUGAUUUGCAUGAUUGACGUGUUGCGAUGGCCGGAGUGUGCAGGGAAAUUCGCUAACCAGAGCAACCUUGAAUGUCGAGGGCGGGAUCAAGAACCACGUGUACAAACAGAGAACCACAUUCAUCGACCGGAUAGCCGGCGGGCAAAAGGCCCAUGAAUGGACCGCCACCCGCCUGCAAGGGCUGACACCCCCCAACCUUACUAAUAUUCAAUGUCGCUACUCUCGAAAGCUGACCGGCUAUAUGCAUUACUGGGGGUGAUGAUGUCACACCCUCUGCACGUAAAUAACCCUCUCGGCUCUCACUACUGUAUGAGUCUUAGUCACCACCAUGCCCAUCGAUCCCUCCCAUCGCUCAAUACGGAAGUCAAUCGCGGAGGACGACACGGAAAUCAGGCGCGCACGGGGAGAGCUCUCUUGCGCGGAAUGCUGGAGGUUGAAGUUGAAAUGCGAUAAAAAAUUGCCAUGCGGCUCGUGCAUUCGUCGAGGAUGUCCUUCUAUAUGCCCGAACGGUAGUCUGUCGAGUCAGGGCACGCGAUUCGUCCUUGCAUCGACGGAAUACCUACAUGACAAGAUCAGAGAGAUGGGACAGCGAAUUCGGCAGCUCGAAGAUGCCCUGGCUAUAUUUCAGUCUUCCACAGGCUCCCAUGACACACACCCGCUUCUACGCGACGAGUUGUUAUCGAUCAAGUUUGGACCUGAGAGGGGAGUACCGGAUGACAGAAAUCCAAAAUCAGCAAAGGUUUCGAUAGAUUCGAUCGACGCAUUAGGCACGUUGACGAUCGGCGACGACGGAGAAGGAAAGUAUUUUGGUAGAUCUGCGGGUUCUGAGACAUCCAAACAGGCGGGAGCCGAAUUCGAUAUAGCAUCGUCGCCGACCCAGGAAGACACGACGCCGCUCAACCCAGAAAUCGCUCAACUAUCGAAUUCCUUCCCCUUCAGUGCGGGAGGGCCGCCUGGCCGGACCCUCGACCUCUUGUUCGAGUAUCUUCCGGACCAACCACGAGCGUGGACACUGUGUGAAACAUAUCUCGAACAAUGUUCUUGGAGCUUCCGCCCACUCGACCGGGAAGAGAUAAUCGAAGACUUUCUGACCCCGAUAUACAAAUCGUCCCGAGAAAGGCGGAUUUGGACAGAAGCGAGCGACUUUCCCCACGCGAUCUCGCCGCAUAGACUGGCAGUAUUGUUCAUGGUAUUUGCUCUUGGAGCUCUAGUCGAUCUGACUCUUGAGCCUGACAGUGCUGAAUCCGAACAUUACUAUCACGCAAGCCGAGCUGCUCUCGCUUUAAGAUCCGUAUUUGAUUCGCCGGAGCUUGCGACCGUACAAGCAGUUCUUCUGUUUGCCUCUUAUCACACUAUCUGCGGGAAAAACUACACCUCUGAUAGCUCAUGGACUCUGAUUUCUUUAGGCUCUAAGCUCGGUCAAAGCGUGCGUGCUGUUACCUGCGUUGCUUCUCUUUUGUCACUCCGGCAUAAUCAUAGCUGGGCCUACAUAGAGAUAGUACACGAUGGAACAUGGAUCCAAAAACUGUCAAUAGACGGCGUUCACUCUUUUGGGAAAUGUUCAGUGCGGAAUUAUUUCAGAGUGUGGCACUAGGCAGGCCACCAUCGAUACGGUUGUCUUAUGUCGACUGCGAGUUCCCUGCGUUCGAAGAUCUAGGACUGGAUGAGAACGGCGAUCCGCGCAUGUCUUACUAUGAAUGGCGAUAUACAUUCACUCGCGAUGUGCUCUCGCUGAUCACGGAGCGGACUCUCACCGCAGAGUCCCCAAGCUACGAGACGAUCCUAGAAUUGGACAAGUUGGUGCGCGCGAAGACACUGCCGCAACAUCUCAACACUUUCCUCGCUCCUGAGGACGAGAACUGCACCCCAUCGACGUACAUGAGAUCCUGCCUUCUGGGUCAAUUUCGAGCUGUGGCAUUACUCUACAUCCAUCGGACUUUCUUCGCACAAGCGAUGUUGGACCACCCUGAAAAUCCACUCCGUAGUCCCUAUGCACCAUCCUUUUGUGCAGCAUAUCGUUGUGCGUCUAGAAUGAUCAAAGGCUACCUCAAUCUUUUCGAGAGGUACAGUGACGUCGUGACGUGACUGGAUUUAGUUCGACUGAUUGACCUGUUUCUGCUGAUCCCCAUCUUCGGCAGUGUUCUCUGCUGCAAUGAUUGUGGGUAGUAUCGUCACCCGAUCGCCGUCUGCCAGCAUGGCUGCCGCUGCCUUCAUUGAACUGGAUUUAGUAUGCGACUCAUUCGACAAGGGUGCUAAACAGUCACGCCGAGCAAGAAGUGGGCUCGCCAUACUAUGCAAACUCCGGGACAAAGCUUACCAGGUCUACUCCCAAUUUUGCGGUGGUAAUCCUGCACUACCUCCAAUGACUAGCUUUGGUGUAGGAACCCAAGACUACGGAGAAGACGAAUUGGCCUUGUUCGGAGGCCAGACCAGGAUUCUGGUCAGCAAGCUGAUCUCCAGGAAGAAGCAAGAAUCGGCUUCGAGAGGAGUCGUGUCAACACCCAACCACUCAGGGAUACGAACGACUCAAACACAUGGCUCGAGUCUAACCAAUCCUACUUUGGAUGCGAUGCCCGAUGUGCAUCCCUCUCUUGUGGAUUAUCUGUCACUCUUUGUGCCUGCUCCGCACACACCUGAGUAUCUGAUGGACAACACCAGCUCUUCGACAGUUGGCCUUGAGAUGCAGCCACUCCCACGUGAAGCCACUCCUGCCUACUCCUACGCCAGUUACGGACAAGACUACACCAAUAUCAUGACUGCGACUCUUCUAGAUCCCAUCCAGUAUGAUGUGCAACCUGUUGCGGAGCCCAGAGAUAUAUCUGAUAUCGACUUCCUUAUGUUCGGGGACGCUGGCAUCGAUGAGCAGUGGAAGUCGUUUAUGAAAAAGUCUUUCUCUGGGUUGUUGGAAGAGGACCAUAACAACAUCACACCUGUCUAAUGACAUUGAUUUUCACGUCCGGUAUAUCGAUAAAAGAUUCAAGAGCACACUUAUCAUGGCCUUGAGGCCAUCACUGUCCAGAGUUUGGACCAAUGUGUUCCUGCUUAUCAGUCCGGCAGCAUGGGUUCGCCCUGACCUGCGCCUCGGGGCUGGCUGCGAGCUAUGCCGUCAGUUAACCUUCAUCGUCGUUGUGAUGUAUGUAGCAUCCAUCUCACAAACGAACGGCUAGGCUAUCGUCCACUUCAAACCUAAGAGAAUCGCCAUUACGGACGGGUACCACGGGUGCCAUGCACUCAUCGAGGUGGGGCGGUGGUAGUGCAUGUGUGUGUGUGUCGGCCCGCCUGAUCCUUCCACAUCAGAUCUACCUUCGCGCCGCUCCGGAUGUCCAAGUCAUCAAGAUCGAUGAUGAUUUCGAAGCCGGAGAUCUCUGCUGGCUCGAGACGCCGCUCAAUCCGACGGGAGAGUCUCGCAACAUCGACGAAUUGUACGAGUCGCCCAGCACGUGCGCUUUCGUAUACUUGCUUCCGACGGCGGCGCGUGCAAAGGAAGAUUGCAGACCAGUAGAGCUCACGCUUGCUGCGUCGACAAACAGACCAGGGAAGAUCGUCGCGAAAGACGGAGCGAGCCAGGCGAGAUUUCUGAUGUGCAUAAUUGACGUGUUGCGAUGGCCGGAGUGUGCAGGGAAAUUCGCGAACCAGAGCAACCUUGAAUGUCGAGGGGAUUAAGAAACGCGUACAAACUAAGAAUCACAUUCACCGGCUGCACAUCCGGCGGCCAAACGGUCCACGAGUGGACUGCCACCGCCUGCCAGUCUCUGCCAGUGCUGACACUCCUAAACCUUACUAAUAUUCAAUGUCUCGGAAGCUGACCGGCUAUAUACUUGAUGAUGUCACACCCCCGCUGUACACUUAAAUAACCCUCUCUGCUCUCACUACCGUAGGCUUCAGGGAGCUGCAGUUACCGUCAUGCCCGUCGAUCCCCCUCGUCGCUCAAUACGAAAGUCGACUGCAGAGGACGACACGGAUAUCAGGCGCGCACGGGGAGAGCUCUCUUGCGCGGAGUGCCGGAGGUUGAAGUUGAAAUGCGAUAAAAAACUGCCGUGCAGCUCGUGUAUUCGGCGAGGAUGUCCUUCCAUCUGUCCCAAUGGUAGCCUCUCCAGUCAGGUAAACGAAGGCUGGAUCGUCUGUUCGACUUAUGACGGCGUGGUCUCGAACCCGAACACUGAUCAUCCCGGUUCAGGGUACGCGAUUCGUCCUCGCAUCGACGGAACACUUGUAUGGCAAGAUCGGAGAGAUGGGACAGCGAAUCCGGCAACUCGAGGAUGCUCUAGCCAUCUUCCAGUCUUCCACAGGCUCCCACGAGUUGCGCUUCUUCUCAUCUUUCUCACCACUCCGAUUCAAGUCGUGUGCAGCACACAUCCGCUCCUUCGCGACGAGUUAUUAUCUAUCAAAUUUGGACCUGAGAAGGGAGUAUCCGGCGACAGAAAACCGAAAUCAAGAGAGGCUUCGAUGGAUUCGAUUGACGCGCUAGGUACGUUGACGAUUGGCGAUGACGGAGAAGGAAAGUAUUUUGGUAGAUCUGCGGGUUCUGAGACUUUGCUGCUGGCGGGAGCCGAGUUGGAUAUAGCGUCGUCGCCGACCCAGGAAGACACGACGCCGCUCAACCCAGAAAUCGCUCAAUUAUCGAAUUCCUUCCCCUUCAGUGCUGGAGGGCCGCCUGGCCGGACCCUCGACCUCUUGUUCGAGUAUCUUCCGGACCAACCACGAGCGUGGACACUAUGUGAAACAUAUCUCGAACAAUGUUCUUGGAGCUUCCGCCCACUCAAUCGGGAAGAGAUCAUUGACGAUUUUCUGACCCCGAUAUACAAGUCCCUCCGAGAAAGGCAGAGCUGGACGGACGCGAGCGACUUUCCUCACACGAUCUCCCCGCAUAGACUUGCAGUGUUACUCAUGCUAUUCGCCCUUGGAGCUCUAGUCGAUCUGACUCUCGAGCCUGAUAGUGUUGAGUCCGACCAUUACUAUCACGCAAGCCGAGCCGCUCUCGCUUUGAGAUCCGUGUUUGAUUCACCAGAGCUCGCAACCGUACAAGCAGUCGUUCUGCUUGCCUCUUAUCACAACAUCGGGGGCAAAAACUACACCGCUGACAGUUCAUGGACUCUGAUUUGUUUAGGCUCUAAGCUCGGGCAAAGCGUACGUACUGCUACCUGUGCUGCUACUUUGUUUUUACUUGAGCACAACCAUAGCUCGGCCUACGUUAGUGCUCCGUUGCAUAUGUGUCAAAUUUUGGCUAAUAUCUGGCAGACAGAGAUAGUGCCCGAUGGAACAUGGAUCCGAAGACUGUCAAUAGACGGCGCUGUGACGAAAGCACUCUUUUGGGAAAUGUUCAGUCUAGAAUUGUUCCAAAGUGUGGCACUAGGCAGGCCGCCAUCCAUACGGUUGUCUUACGUCGACUGCGAGUUCCCUGCGUUCGAAGAUCUAGGACUGGAUGAGAACGGCGAUCCGCGCAUGUCUUACUAUGAAUGGCGAUAUACAUUCACUCGCGAUGUUUACGAGACGAUCCUAGAAUUGGACAAGUUGGUGCGCGCGAAGACACUGCCGCAACAUCUCAACACUUUCCUCGCUCCUGAGGACGAGAACUGCACCCCAUCGACGUACAUGAGAUCCUGCCUUCUGGGUCAAUUUCGAGCUGUGGCAUUGCUCUACAUCCAUCGGACAUUCUUCGCACAAGCGAUGUUGGACCAUCCUGCAAAUCCACUACGCAGUCCCUAUGCACCAUCCUUUCUCGCCGCAUAUCGUUGUGCGUCUGGAAUGAUCAAAGGCACUCUCAAUCAUUUCGAAAGAUUUCCUGAACUUUGCUGCCGCUGGUCAACGAUAUGGACUCACGUGUUUUCGGCUGCAAUAAUUGUGGGUAGCAUCGUCACCCGAUCACCUUCUGCCAGCAUGGCUGCCACUGCCUUCAUCGAACUGGGCUUGGUAUGCGACUUAUUCGACAAGGGCGCUAAAAAAUCGCGCCGAGCGAGAAGCGGCCUCGCCAUUCUGUGCAAACUUCGAGAAAAAGCUUACCAGGUCUACUCUCAAUUCCGCGGUGGCAAUCCUGCCCCCCUUCCGACGACUGGCUUCGGUGUGGGAACUCAGGACUACGGAGAGGAUGAACUGGCUCUGUUCGGAGGUCAGACCAGGAUCCUGGUCAGCAAAUUGAUUUCUAGGAAGAAGCAAGAAAACACUUCAAGGGAGGCCGUGUCACCAUCCAGCCACUCCGGGAUGCAGAUGACCCCAACACCCAGCUCGAGCCUAUCCAGUCCUGCGUCCGAUGCCAUGCCCGAUGUGCAUCCUUCUCUCGUGGACUAUCUGUCGCUCUUCGCGCCCACUCCGCAAACCCCUGAGUAUCCGAUGGGGAUCAACAGCGCGUCGAUAGUGGAUCAUGAGAUGCAACUAUUUCCACAGGAAGCCACCCCUGGCUUCUCAUAUCCCGAUUACGGACAGGGUUACACUGAUAUCAUGACUGGGACUCUUCCAGAUCGCAUGCAGUACGAUGUGCAACCUGUACCGGAUCCGAGAGAUCUAUCCGACAUGGGCUUCUUCAUGUCUGGGGACGCCGGCAUUGACGAACAGUGGAAGUCGUUCAUGAAAAAGUCUUUUUCUGGGUUGUUGGAAGAGGAUAAUAACAACAUAACACCUGUCUAUUGACAUUCAGCUCUACAUACUGUACAGGAUAUAUAAUUGAAGAAUUUACUGUAAUCAUGGCCUCGAGGCUCGGACCGAUGUGUUGUAAGCGAUGGGCUGAUGGCGACAUAGUACACGAUACUGAGGUAGUGACUCGAUUCUCAAAUUUGACUGUUCACCGUGAUGACCCUCAAGCCCCAAGGCAGUGGAACGAAACUUCUGCAUACGGACGACAAGUUCCGUCUAGACGACAAUGUCGCACCUUCCAUCGCCGUCACAACCACCUUCCUCUCCCCACGACCGGAUGAUAGUCGGCCUGUUGGGACUGACUACAGGAACCCAUCACGCCAUGUCUACUCCCGAUAUACGGCCCAGAGCUCCACCCGCACAGAGCACAUCAUCAGCGAAAUCACGAAUGGGUUCGCCCUAACCUACGCCUCGGGGCUGGCUGCAAGCUAUGCCGCUAUCGUCCACUUCAAACCUAAGAGAAUCGCCAUUACGGACGGGUACCACGGGUGCCAUGCACUCAUCGAGAUCUACCUUCGCGCCGCUCCGGGUGUCAAAGUCAUCAAGAUCGACGAUGAUUUCGAAGCCGGAGAUCUCUGCUGGCUCGAGACGCCGCUCAACCCGACGGGAGAGUCUCGCAACAUCCAGUUUUACGCUGAUAAGGUUCACAAGGCUGGAGGAAAGCUCUUGGUCGACUCGACGUUUGGCCCUCCUCCUCUCCAAGAUCCCUUCAAGUUCGGCACAGACUGUAUUUUGCACUCGGGAACAAAGUAUUUUGGGGGCCAUUCUGACUUGCUUGGUGGGAUCCUAGUCGUGAAGAACAAGGAGGAAUGGGAUCAACUCCAGCACGAUCGAACGUAUCUAGGAAGUUCCAUGGGAUCUUUGGAAAGCUGGCUCCUUUUGCGCUCUCUGCGAACUUUCCAUCUCCGCGUUCCAAGACAAUCGGAGACUGCGACAGGCUUGGUGCAGUGGCUGCACCAACUGGCACAGACUCCGGCGGGGAAAACGUUCGAUGGAGUUCCGGGUGGUGUACUGACUGGUAUCUGGCACUCUUCUCUGCAAGGUAAAGACGCGAGCGGCUUCGAUCCAAAGACUCAGAUGACCGGUGGCUGGAACGCUACGUUCUCUAUCGAGCUUUCUGAGCCGGAAUAUGCCGCUUGGUUCCCUCAUUCACUGGAGUUCUUCACACCUGCCACGAGUCUCGGUGGUGUCGAAUCCCUCGCGGAAUACAGAGCGUCAUGGGACCCCAGCUCCAAUCCGCGGGCCGUGAGACUGAGCAUCGGUGUCGAAGACCUCGAGGACCUGAAAGCCGACAUCCGGCAGGCCUUGAUCAAACUGGUACAGAACAAAGGCAAAGUUCAGGCCAAGUUGUAGUGGAGAUCACAAAGUACCAUAAUUGGUCGAAAUAGUCCCAUUAGGAAAUCUUAUUUCCCAAAAGAGCGAGCGGACUCAAGAACUGAGUCUGAAACGGUUGAUGGCGCUCUUAUUUAAUGA